AUGGCGGCGACGACGACGGCGGCGACGGGUAGGGGCGGAAGACGCGCGCGCGCGCGGGACGCGGCGCUGCCGCGAUUGCGAUUCAUCGACGGCGAGGAGGAGGACGCGCGAGCGGCGCGCGACGGCGCGGACGCGGACGACCGCGACGCGCGGGAAGAAAAAAAGAACGAGGUCGGUCGUGGGGAAGAAGAGGGCGAGGAGACGGGCGCGAGCGGCGAGAGGGAGGCGACGGGGGGGGGGGCGGGCGAGACCAAGGUGGCGAUAGUCAUCGUGCCGGAGUACGAGGCCGACGCGGCCGACGCGACGGAAUCCGAUCGCAAGAGAAUGCGAAGCAUACGGCGUCGGUUGGUUCAGACCCCCGAGCAUCGAGAGAAGGAACGGCUGCGGUCGCAGAGGCGACGAGACGCGCUGACGCCGGCACAGAAGCGCGCCGCGGCGGAUGCGAAAAUCGCGCGUCGCAAACACCAGAGACUGGCGAAGGAGGCCGUCGAGGCGGCGAGGUUGCUGGCCGGACAGCGUAAAGGACACGCUACGCACUGA